GCUGGGAGACCACGGAGACCCGGGAGACCCCCGGACCGCGACCAGCCUGCGCGCGCAUGGUCCAUCUUUCCAUCAUCCCCUCGCCUUGGAUUUUCUUCUCCCCAAUCCAAGCGCAUGUCUUCGCAGACGGGCCAUACUAUUUCUCCUCCGCCAGUCGCCGCGUCGAACGCAGCCUCUGGCGGCAGCGGCGUCCGCCGUCACCACACCAUCUCGGCAGCAUCGCGUUCGAACAGACCGACCUCCAAAAUCGCCAUCUCUGAACUCGAGGACCCGCAGACUGAGCAGAUCUGGCAUGACGAUGAGCUUGUUGAUCAGGACUGGGUUGGCGGCAUUGGCGCGGUAGGCGAGAAGUCGUCGCUGCAUAGGCAGGCGUCCUUGCCGACGCGGUAUCAUCGUGUUCCAUACGGCACACAGACUGGACGCCAGCCGGGCUCGCAUACACCCAGAACCCUCAACAGUCUCUCCGCCAUCGCUGGCCAUGAGGGCGAAGAGGAGGAGUGGGAGAGGGAGAUGCGCGGUUUGCGUGACGAAGAGGAGCACGGCCUCUCGGCCUCUGACCAUGGUCAUGUCGCGGAUUCGUCGUCGUCCGGAGCCUCGCCUCUGUCUCCGCAUUUCGGCAGCGGCGGUGGUAUCUCUCAUGGCCCGUCCCCUCCUCCGGGAGGUUCUGCCGGCGUGCGUCGGCACCAGAGCCUAAACUAUCCCGCCACUACUCCUGGUGUCCGACACUUGACUUCUGGUCUCAAACGUGCUGGCACGAUUCAGGCGGGUCCUAUGAAGAGUCAAACAAAGGGUAUCUCGUAUUCUGGAGCUCAGAGCCCCAGUCCGACCAACGCUGAAGAGGAAUACGACAACGAUAGUACACAUGCAGAGGAAGACUCGUAUUUUGGGUUGCCUUCGCAGCAGGGUCAAGGCCAGUAUCCUGGCAGCCCCAUCGGCAGAUCGUCGCCGUGGAACACCCCGGGCAACGACUGGCGUACUCCGGUUGGUGGCAACGGGACGUCACAGUAUGGAAGUAAUGGCGGCAACAUGGGGAUCGACGAUGUGUCGCGUGCGCUCUCCGCGCUGGAGAUCAACCAGCAGUAUGGCGGUGCUUCUGGGGGUUUCCAGCAGGGUCAGUCCGUACACCCUCCUCGCUUCAAUCCUGCUCACCCUCCGCCGUUGCAAGUCCCUGGCAUGCGCGGGAACAACGGCGGGCCAUCCCGCAAGCUCCAGCUUGUCACGGACUUGGAUGCCCGCAAUGCGCAGAGCUCGGUGCAGAGUGCUUCGGCGUAUGUACCGCCUAUCGGCCAUGGGUUACCCGCGUCUUCCCAAACCGGCCAACCUCGUGAGCGCGAGGAACAGCAGCAGCCACAGCAGCAGCAGCAGCAACAACAACAACAGCAGCAGCAUACUGGCCGUGAGCGCGCAUUUACUGCUUCUGGCACCACUCCCUGGGACCAGAAGGAGCGCAUGUUGGGGGGCCGAGCAUCUAACCCCAGUCUCCACCACCUGUACCAGAAGAAUGGCGGUGGUGAUAUCCCCAAUGUCCCCUCCAUCCCAUCGCAGUAUCUCAAUCAAGGGCAAGCGCCGAGGAUGGGCGUUGCGUCGCCGCCCCUUGGCAGCCAAGCCCACAGCCGUGGGCAGUCGCAAAGCGGCUCGCAGAGCGGCUCGUUGGAAGGCUUCGUCAGUUCUCCGAUUGACGUCCCUACUUUGAUUGCGACCAAGGGCUACAACCCCGUCGACUUCGAUACACGGCCCUUAUUCGCGCGGUACUUCGUCAUCAAAUCGUAUACGGAAGAUGACGUUCACAAGUCACUCAAGUAUGAGAUCUGGAGCUCCACCGAUCCCGGAAACAAGAGGCUUGAUAAGGCUUUCAAGGAAAAUGCCGGGAGGGGUCCAAUUUACCUGUUCUUUAGCGUGAACGCCAGUGGACACUUCUGCGGGAUGGCGGAGAUGCUCACGCCGGUGGACUACACACGAAGUAGCACCGUGUGGGCAUCAGACAAAUGGAAGGGUGUCUUCAAAGUUCGCUGGAUCUUCGUCCGCGACAUUCCUAAUGCCAACCUAAGGCACAUCCGUCUCAACAACACGCAGGAGCGCAAGCCGGUUACGAACUCGCGUGACACACAAGAGCUGCUCCCUGAUGCAGGUCAGGAGAUGCUGCGUAUCUUCCACACCCAUCCGGCGAGGACCAGCCUCCUGCAGGACUUCGCGUUCUACGAGCUCCAAGCUAUGCAAAAGGUGCAGGCCGUUCAGGCUCAAGUCCAAGUUCAAGGUCUUCCCCAGGGCGCUUCAUCGCCAACUCAAACUCCGAUGCCGAUGCAGUCGAACAACCAGUCGCAACUGUCCUCUCCCGGCGCCUCUGGCCAGCACCCCUUCGCGAUGUCGAACCCGACCGCGCUCGCGUACGCCGCGCAGCAUAUGGGCAUGCAGCAAAUGAACAUGAACAUGAUGGGCAUGAACCCGCUGAUGCAGAUGCAGAUGAAUAUGGGCAACAUGGGCACGUUCGCGAACCCGCACGCGAUGCAGAGUGUCAUGCGCCAUCCCAGCCCGGGGCCCAUGCCCGUCGGCCAGAACUUCAUGGGGCUCGGAGGCAUGCCUGGGUUCUGAGGGCCGUGCUACUCGCAACGCAACAAGAAUCUACGCCCUUUUUGAAUAUAGAAGAAACGAAACAAUCCGACGCGAUGCAGAAAGUCGGCCCCAUUCCUUGCUCUCCGUCUAUUUUCCCGCCUUCAACAUAUGAUAUCCAUCCUCUGAUCCGUGUCUGUUGUCUUUUGACCGCCAUCUUGUAUCACCAGAAGGUUCGGCACAGGUGCUUGCUCCCCAUCUAUUCUUCCGCAGCCUACGGUCAUCAUAAUGCGUUGUUGAUUCGCCUUCACGCAAACGUCAUCGUUC